CUGCGCAUCCCGCUCCAGCGACCCUAGGUUUUCUAUGGGAUUCCCAAUCUGCAGCAUAGACUUACCGGAGCUUGUUGCGGCGGCGGCUGGGUUUGCGAGGCGCGAUCCAAGAGGAUUUAAGCAGCCUAGAGCUCCAGAGGAAAAAAAAGAGCGCGAGAGAACCACACAGAGAGACGGCUUAACCGUUUAUCUGAAUUAUACAUACAUAUAAAGAACUGUUGAGUUUUAUCAUUUUCAUUAAGUGACCGUGCGCAGCGCUAUAACUGCAGGAUGGGGAAACAGAAUAGCAAACUGGCCCCCGAAGUGAUGGAGGAUCUGGUGAAGAGCACGGAGUUUAACGAGCAUGAGCUCAAGCAGUGGUACAAAGGUUUCCUCAAGGACUGUCCAAGUGGGAGGCUGAACCUCGAGGAGUUUCAGCAGCUCUACGUGAAGUUCUUCCCCUACGGCGACGCCUCCAAGUUCGCGCAGCACGCCUUCCGGACCUUUGACAAGAACGGCGACGGCACCAUCGACUUCCGAGAGUUCAUCUGCGCGCUGUCCAUCACCUCGAGGGGCAGCUUCGAGCAGAAGCUCAACUGGGCCUUCAACAUGUACGACCUGGACGGCGACGGCAAGAUCACGAGGGUGGAGAUGCUGGAGAUCAUCGAGGCUAUCUAUAAGAUGGUAGGCACGGUGAUCAUGAUGAAGAUGAACGAGGAUGGUCUCACGCCUGAGCAGCGAGUAGACAAGAUUUUCAGCAAGAUGGAUAAGAACAAAGAUGACCAGAUUACACUGGAUGAGUUCAAAGAAGCUGCAAAGAGCGACCCUUCCAUUGUAUUACUUCUGCAGUGCGACAUUCAGAAAUGAGCUGAGGUCAACGCUAUGGACUGACAAAAGUCUCAAUGUUCCAUUCAGUCUGCAGCUAUUCACACACACACACACACACACACACACACACGCACACAAAUAUUGCUUGGACUACCUAUCAAUGGACUUGCUUCUUGUGUUUGAAACACUUGUGUGCAUGAGAAUGUCAUUUGCUAAUGAAUUUUAAAAGCAUAUAUUAUAAAACAAACAACCUGCCACAAUGUGAUAUGUGUAACAUCAUUUCAUAAAAACCCUUCUCCCUUCAAGCCUGGGCAGAAAUGUGCUGCAAAAAGUUCUAUGGUUUCUUGUUCAUGUUUUGCUAAUGCUCGUGUCUCCUUGAUUACAUGUUAGUAGCACUGAGACCCCCCCUGGUAAUGUAACUUAAUAUAAGCUGUGUCACCAUUCUCGUGUAAAAUAGUACUGGACAGGCACACGGAGAGGCCUUGGCUUCCCUGUGUGGUCCGCACUCAAGAGCUUGUAUUAUCAGUGAAGAUAAACGUGCUACCUUUGCAUGCCUUUUAGGUUUGCCUUAACUCUUACCUCAUUUGCAUUCUAUCAAUCUGGAAAGAGCUAUGUUGGAAUUACUGCAGUAUAAAACUUAAAAAUCCUG